GUUGGUGUACCUAGGUGGCAGGUUUUCCCCGUGGUGGUCCAGCACCUCCUUUGUUACCAGGUGGUGGAGGUUUCAGGCCUUUUUUCAGUGGCCCGCCUCCUCCGCACAGUCAUCGAAUGGGCCCUCCACUUCCUCAUGGCCCCCACAACCACAUGCCAACUGUACAUCAUAACACUACCCACCUUCACCCUCAGCACCGACGCAUACUCACGCAGCGCAUGCAGAGCCGAGCGGGGGACCGUGGUCGGAUGGGAGGAGACCGGCGCAGCAGAGAUCCUUACAGCAACCUGAUGACGCAGAAGGAGAAGGAAUGGGUAACCAAGAUCCAGAUGAUGCAGCUUCAGAGUACUGACCCCUACUUGGAUGACUACUACUAUCAGAACUACUAUGAAAAGAUGGAGAAACGACAGGAAAGGGAGCGAGACAGCAACAAGAAAGAACACACCACCAAACUCAUCACUCCACAGGUCGCCAAGGUGGAGCACACCUACAGACCGGUUCAGUUUGCAGGCUCUCUCGGGAAGCUGACUGUUUCUAGUGUCAACAACCCCCGCAAGAUGAUUGAUGCUGUGGUGACGACUCGCACAGACGAUGAGGAGAAGAGAGAGAAGCAGGUGUGGAAUAAGAGGAGGCAGAUUCUCUACACUGUGGAGGAGAUGUACAGUUUGCUGUUGGAGGUACAAGACUUUGAGAAACGUUUUGUUCACGCACCAGAAGAGGAGCGGGAGACUUUGCUGGAGCAACACAAAACUAACACCAUGCAGCUGUGCAGCUCUUUAAAGGAGAAGGAGUGGGAUGACAGAGUGAGUGAUGAGCAGUGUGUGAUGAUCAUGUCGGUGAGGAAGGGCAAGCGACUCAUCGCCAGACUCCUCCCCUUCCUGCCCACGCCCCAGGCUACCGCAGUUGUCAUGGCAAUUGCUCGCAACCUUCCCGCCUUGGCCAAGAAGGACAAACAGGACCAGGUGCUGGGCUGGUUAGUGGAGCCCGUUUCUGCCGUUAUCCAGUCAUUGUCAAGCGCCGCCCUCACAGACUUGCUGCAGGACCUUCAGGGUCAUGAAGGUCAACUGACCAUGGUCCUACACAACAAGUUUGGUGUGACGCUGCUGUAUUUGAUCCUGAGUGAAGGAGAGAGGAUGCAGAGCUCCGACCCAAAUUGUCAGCUCAUGGAUGACAAUCGAUGGACCGAGUUGGUGUUUUCGGUGACGAGGGACUUGCUAAGUGUUCCCUCCUCAUCCCUUGCUUCUCCCCUCUUCACUCCUCCCAACCUGCUCUCCCUUUUUUCACGUUAUGUUGAUCGGCAGAGGUUGGAGCUGUUGCAAGACAAGCUACAGAUCUCUGCUUUAAACAGGUAGAACUUCCUCCAGACUCAGCAGGACCUCCCUCACCUCUCCACUCGAUGCAGACCGUUCUUUGUGUGUGUGUGUGUGUGUGUGUGUGUGUGUGUGUGUGUGUGUGUGUGUGUGUGUGUGUGUGUGUGUGUGUGUGUGUGUGUGUGUGUGUGUGUGUGUGUGUGUGUGUGUGUGUGUGUGUGUGUGUGUGUGUGUGUGCCUGUCAGAGUGAAUGGUGUGUGUCUCUGUGCGUGCAUGCAUGGAGGUAAAUCCAUGGUGGGUCAUUUUAAUCCAGCAGAAUCUAGUCACUUUGUUUUUUGGGGGGGUUUUUUUUGUUGCGUGGGUGUGCGUGCGCACGCGUGCACAAGUGUUACAGUGUAAGAGAUGAGAAAUGAAAUCUGCAUUUUUAAAUAUCUUGUUUACGAUAAUGCCUGUGAUGAACUUUCAAAUUAAAAAGUAUUUCUAUUAUAUACAA